AUGGAGGCGGCCAAAAGACGAUUUGUGAUGGGGAAUCCCGAAGACGAUUUGGGCAAGAGCAAACAAACAGAUAACGUGGGUCGUGGCGUUACGAUAGAAGCAACCACUCCAUUGUGGCUUCCUACUGGCGGUGGUGGGGAGAAGAAUGAUGUAGCCCUGCACCAGUGCGGCGGUGUAAUUAGGAAUGCGGGAUCAAGCAUCAAAAGCUAUAUCCAAGCGAAGCGAGACAGUAGUAACAGGAGGGUGCGGAACUCCUUUGUGAUGAACAACGAAUUGAUUCACCGGCUCGCUCCUCUCCGAACAGCGGCAUUCGGACGAGUCUUUCGUUUAGCGAUGCGAAACGUGAGUUUUAGCGGCGGAAGAAGAACAUGGCAUGCGAGCAUGAAACGCUUGGCCUUGCCUCGUGUGCCUCUUGCAACGAUCGCAUUAGCUGUCACCACCAAACCUCCGCUUCGCUUACUAGCGUUUAUCCUCCCACUAAAGCCCCUCUUUCUGGUGGCAACCAUCCAGGAGAGGAUACAGGACUGUGGUGGGACUUGGUCAGGCGGCCUCACUUCACAGCCUUAG